CUUCAGGUUCCUUCCUGUCCUCUUAGGAUUCUUGUGGUCUGUUCAAAGCGUCAUGGCCUCGAAGCGGAUUUUGAAGGAACUCAAGGAUUUGCAAAAGGAUCCACCCACUUCUUGCAGUGCAGUGCUUAUCGCUGAAAUUCCUUAACCAUGGAUGCUGAGGGUCGGACCCUCAACAUGUCGAGGUUUUGUCUCUCUGUCGAGAGCGCUGAUGGGUUCACAAAGCAGGUGCGCGUCUCGGGAUGCCUGAAUAGGCAGGAGCCAGAGUUACUGAAGAGCGAGCACAUGGUGCCAUGGUUGCCGAAAAGCUAGCUAAUGGCAAGGCUCGAACUCAAGACCUCUACUAUAUAGAAGUCCUUGAGGGAGCCAGGGACCUGUAGCUGAAGACAUGUUUCAUUGGCAAGCAACAAUCAUGGGCCCUUCCGAUAGCCCUUAUGCGGGAGGUGUAUUUUUAGUUAGUAUUCAUUUUCCUCCAGAUUAUCCUUUCAAGCCCCCUAAGGUUGCAUUUAGGACCAAGGUUUUCCAUCCAAACAUCAAUAGCAAUGGGAGCAUUUGUCUUGAUAUCCUAAAAGAACAGUGGAGUCCAGCCCUAACCAUUUCCAAGGUUCUGCUCUCGAUCUGCUCGUUGUUGACUGAUCCAAACCCUGAUGACCCACUUGUUCCGGAGAUUGCGCACAUGUAUAAGACUGAUCGGGCAAAGUAUGAAGCUACAGCACGUGGCUGGACCCAGAAGUAUGCUAUGGGAUGAUGGUGGUUAGUGGGUAAUACGUAUUGGCUUUUGUACGAUGCCAUGUAUGUGUUAAAACCUUCAUAUGUUUUGGUUUGGGAAGGAACUUGUGAUUGUGCUUAGAUUUGGAUUUAAAUUAUGUGGACAUCUUAUAUCAAAGGUGGGUCUAUGGUUGUAAGAGAGAAUGCCAUUCCAUUCCUUGUCUUUUUAUAGCUUGUUAUAUGAUGAAGCAUUUCCUAAAA